CUCACACCUGAAGUGACAGAAGGGGGGAUGGGGGGGGGGGGGGGGGGGGGGGGGUGACGCUCAGAGAAGCUCAGAGAAGCUGUGAUGAAGGCAGCGCACGGUGCUGCUCAGCCUGCUUUCACUGUAAAGCGACUGCAGGGCACAUUUGGGGAAAAAGUCCGAAAUUAUCCAAAGGGAGGGGGACGCGUGCAUGUGACAAGCUGUGGACGUUUCCAUUUACACCAGUCGGGCAGGGAGUUAAAUCUCUCCAUCGGGAGGUGCGUUAUUUAAAAAAUCACUGGCGAGUGGCAUUUUCUAACAUUGCACGCCUCAUCCGUCGCCUGCGGAUCGCCACAGCACCAUGCGAGCAGGAGAGACUCGCCCUAGUGUGCCAUGCUGAACGACUCUCCGACGCUCCUGCUGGCUCUCACCGCGGUGGCCGGACUUCUCCAGCGAUGCCAAGGCUGGAGCGACGAAGACCUCAUCCUGCCGCCCAUCAACUCCUCCAACAGGUUCCUGGCCAAUCUGGAGGUGGACGUGCGCUUCUCCAAGAGGUCCGUGGAGGAGAGCGAAGCCUCGGCCGACGCUUCCUCGCUGCAGACUCUGACCCAGUGCAACGUGAGCGUCCAGAGACUCCUGCCCACCUCGUUGGUGGCCCGCUGGGACAGCACCUUCGGCUUCCAGUGUGAUGUGCUCAUCUACACCACCAACAACCACGGAAGGGCUUUUUUCUCUGCGUCUAUCAACAGGGCGAUCUCGCCUGUCGUCAUCGAGCACCUCGGGGUCGCCGGGGGUCAGCAGGAGUUGCGGCUGUGCGUGGGCUGCGGGAUGUCCCGGUACCGGAGGUUUGGUCAGGGCAGGUCGAGGGGCCAGCAGACCGGGGAUCAGGUCACUUUCUGCUGCGUGGAUUUCAGCCUCGACGAGCUGAAGGGCGACAAAAGUUGGAGGCUGAACAGAAAGCCCAUCGAGUCGACACUUGUGGCUUGUUUCAUGACUUUGGUCAUCAUCGUGUGGAGUGUUGCUGCUCUCAUAUGGCCAGUCCCGAUCAUUGCAGGGUUUCUGCCCAAUGGGAUGGAGCAGAGGAGACCGAGAUAAUUGAAAUUAUCUUUAUUAUAAUUAGCCUGUGCUGCCUAUACUAUAACUGUAGCCACCCAACUGUUUACCUGAAUGAAUGUUCGAGGAGCUUUGGAGACAUUUUUGAUCAAAUGCUUUAGUUUUUGGUGUUCUUUAUCCCUUAUUAGAGCUCCUCCUCGUUAGGACAACCAAGGUAAAGUAUGAUGGAUUAUACCAUCCAAUAGUAAUCUAUACACCAAUGUGUUUUGUAUUCCCUUGUAGGACUUCCUAUAUAUUAUGUCAGCGCAAACUGUGCAAACUUUUUUCUCUUUAAACAGUGUUUGUAUAUUUUUUAACCUUUCUAGAAAGUUUUUGCCUUAUCCCAUGUGUAGGACCUUUGCACUGAAAACUGAACUUCAAAGUGUGCCGUCGCAUAUAUAACCUAUAGUCAUGUUCAAAGUAAAUGUAAUAGUCGCCCCCCUCAUACGUUCUGAAAAAUAGAUGUUUCUGAGUGACAUAGAGAGGGUUUCGAUAAUUAUAUUGUUAUAGAUUUAUAAUGUCAAAUUCAAUAUGCGUGCUUAUUUGUAUUCAUGUUCCAACGGUUUCAAUGAAAAAUAAAAAUUGAUUAUAGGCUAUAUCUCA